CAGCUGAGUGAGUGAGUGACAGACUGGUGUACAACUCAGUACACCCCCAGACACCCCUUCACAGGGCAAUCGGAGACAGACGUCAUCACUCAUCACCACUGGAUUCUUUUUUACUGUACUGAUUUUUACGUUACUAUACAUAUAUAUUUUUUUUAAGUGAAAUUUUGCAUAUACUUUUUAAAAUGUUUUUGAGAACUAUGGAGUGUGCAAGUCUGCUGGUUUUGGUAAUCCUGAGCUGUGCUACACUGCUGGUGGAGAGUAGCUGCCCGCUGGCGUGCUCCUGCCCCCCCUCGCCUCCCUCCUGCCCCCCGGGGGUCAGCCUGGUCCUGGACUCGUGUGGCUGCUGCAAGGUGUGCGCCCGACAGUUCAAUGAGGACUGCAGUGUGACCCAGCCCUGCGACCACAUCAAGGGGCUUCACUGUGACUUCGGAGCGGGGAGUGGAGCUCACAGGGGGCUCUGCAGAGCGAAGGCAGACGGCCGCCCCUGCGAGUUUAACGGCCGGGUCUACCAGCACGGGGAGGACUUCCAGCCCAACUGCAAGCACCAGUGCAGCUGCAUGGACGGGGUGGUGGGCUGCAUGCCCCUGUGCCCCCAGGAGGUGCCGCUGCCGGUCUGGGACUGCCCCAACCCUCGGCUGGUCAAGGUGCCGGGUCACUGCUGUGAAGAGUGGUUCUGUGACGACAGCAACCACAUCCGCGAGGACUCCGGAGACAGCCAGGGGUCACCAGAGCCAGAGCCAGAGCUGCUCACCAGCAACGAGCUGCUGGCAGCCCCGCAGGGCAACACAGCAUACCCGGACUGGAAUUCUCCUCCCCAGUCCCGCAUGCCGGCCAUCUCCAGAUGCCUGGUCCAGACCACCGAUUGGUCGGACUGCUCCAGAACAUGCGGGAUGGGAAUCUCGAGCCGCGUCACCAACACCAACCCAGCGUGCCGCCUGACUCGAGAAACGCGCCUGUGCCAGAUCAGAGCCUGUGAGCUCCCGCUCACCCCCAGCCUCAAGAAGGGUAAGAAGUGCCAGAAGACGGUGCGUCCGCGGGAAGCCGUGCAGAUCUCCUUCGCUGGCUGUGCCACGUCUCGCCGGUACCGGCCCCGCUCCUGCGGCUCCUGCUCGGACGGGCGCUGCUGCUCCCCCUCCCUGACCCACACGGCGAGUCUGCGCUUCCACUGCCCCGACGGAGAGAGCUUCACGCGCAGCGUCAUGGUGAUCCAGCGCUGUCGCUGCCGACCCGACUGCGACCGCCACAGCCAGGCCGGCUCCCUGCCUUCCUUCAGCCUCCACAACGACAUCCACACCUUCACCCAGUGAGGUAGGGGGCUCUGCGUCCGAAGCCUUCCUUCGGCUAAAAUCAACCGUUCCCAUCCCUCCUACAGUCCUGCAGAUUUCACGUACCCGGAAGGGGCAGGGGACCAUUGUCUUCAUCACGGAAGACGAAUGCAUGACUUUCAAAGAAGAAGCUACCUCUUUUAAAAGAGGACUAGAAGACUUUUUUUUUUGCAAGGGCAGGUCUUUGCCCUAACAGCUUUCCAGGAGAGAAGUGGCGACCCCCCCAGAGAAAAUACUGGGGCAGAUAUCUCUUGACCUUAAAGUCCCAGCCACACAUCUGUCGGGGAAGUACUUAACAUUUCCAUUCAGAAGGGAAUCCCCACCCUGCAAAUCUACCGGUCAAAAACCCCUAAACCUGGCAGCGAGAGCUCACAAGUCUCACUGUUUCCAGAUGCCAAAUAAAGGCAACAAUCCUCAUCUCAGGACCGACAAUUGACGCAGUUUCCUACACCUGUUGGAUAAAAACAAGGUCAAAGGAAAUUGAUAACUCUUCCUGGACAUAACUUUCCUCUAACUUGGGAAUGGAAGAACCCUCGAAUCUGGCACAGCAAAGUGUUUGUCUUUGUUGACUGGGUUACGGUCGUAAAGACGAUGGCCACCUGGGUUAAAAUGAGCUUACUGUACAUUAAACAACCACAAGGACUCAGCGUUUAAAGGUUAGCCGGCUUUUCCAGUCCCCGUUUCCUGGCGUAGGUGACGUGGCUCCGGAUUGGCUCUCAAGUUUGCCAGGACCGGGACAAUACAACAGACGAAGGUUCCUGAUUGGAUCCUAAUUUAGAAUGACUGAACGGUUUACUGAUUGGUUUAGCAGACACUGAAGCAAUUUGCUCUACAAAUCUUUGUCUUGCUAUUUUCAAUGAAGGUAGGGCUAGUUUUCUACUGAACAACUCCACAUUAUUCCAGGGGGGCUCCUGCCUUAAAGGAUGGGAUAUUUAAAAUUCAGCAAUGUUAACGAGCAGACAUCUGAAUGCAUGCAAGCUUGUGAGCGUGUGUGUGCGUGAGUGUGUAUAUAUGUGUGUGCGUGUGUACAGACUUCACACUGGUGGAGUGACUCUGUGUGUGCGUGUGCGUGUGUACAGACUUCACACUGGUGGAGUGACUCUGUGUGUGUGUACAGACUUCACGCUGGUGGAGUGACUCUGUGUGUGUGUGUGUGUGUGUGUGUGUGCGUGUGUACAGACUUCACGCUGGUGGAGUGACGUAUUUAGACACCGCUUCGUUCUUGAGGCGAGCUCAGCGGCCUGUUUGAGGCUCUCUCGUAUUGUAAAGACGAUUUUAUUUGUAUAUUUAAGACUUCUAUUUUGUUAAUAUAUUUCCUGAAUGUCUGUCAGUAUUAAUAAAAGUUUUUAUA